AUGCCAAAAAGCGUGAAGAAGCUCCUCGCUGAAUUUAUCGAGGAUAUUCCAGAUGGUAAGCUACUGGAGUUCUCAGACACUCCUGGUCCGAUCUACAAGGAGCAGAAUUUCCGUCUAGAUUUGCAAGGGAAAACCACGGCAGGUGGGUGGAACUUGCAAAUUCAAGUGAACCGAGAAGCCGAGACAAAACGUCUCAGGGCCUUAGCCCCAAAGACCAUUUCAGGUCCCGUACUGGUCACUUUGGAAGCUAACAUGACUCCUGAGGAGAUCAGACAGGAGUUCCGAAACAAGGUCAUUGAAUUUCAGACGAAGAAGAUGUAA